AUGGUUAAGGCUGUUGUUCUCGGAGCCUCUGGCGGCAUUGGCCAGCCUCUCUCGCUCUUGCUUAAGGCAUGCCCUCUUGUCGAUGAGCUCGCUCUUUACGAUGUUGUGAACACCCCCGGUGUCACUGCCGACCUGUCUCACAUUUCAUCGGUUGCUAAAAUCACCGGUUACCUGCCCCAGGACGAUGGUCUUAAGAAGGCCUUGACUGGUGCUGACGUCGUUGUCAUCCCGGCCGGCAUCCCUCGCAAGCCUGGUAUGACUCGUGAUGACCUCUUUAAGAUCAAUGCUGGUAUCGUGCGUGACCUGGUCAAGGGCAUCGCCGAAUUCAGCCCCAAGGCCUUCACCCUCGUCAUCUCCAACCCCGUCAACUCCACUGUCCCCAUCGCCGCGGAGGUGCUGAAGGCGGCCGGUGUUUUCGACCCCAAGCGCCUCUUUGGUGUCACCACUCUGGAUGUUGUUCGUGCCGAAACUUUCACCCAGGAAUUCUCCGGUCUGCAGGACCCUUCCAAGGCUACCGUCCCCGUCAUCGGUGGUCACUCCGGCGAGACCAUUGUUCCCUUGUUCAGCAAGGUUUCCCCUGGCUUCCAAAUCCCCGCAGACCGCUAUGAUGCUCUGAUCAACCGCGUUCAAUUCGGCGGUGAUGAAGUUGUCAAGGCUAAGGAUGGUGCCGGAUCCGCUACUCUUUCCAUGGCCUUUGCCGGUUUCAGAUUCGCCGAGGCCGUUAUUAAGGCCGCAAAGGGUGAAAAGGGCAUUGUUGAGCCUACUUUCGUUUACCUGCCUGGUGUUACUGGUGGUGAUGAGAUCGUCAAGGCUACCGGCGUUGAGUUCUUCUCGACCCCCGUGCAGCUUGGUCCCAACGGUGCCGAGAAGGCUAUCAACAUCCUUGAUGGCGUGACUGAGCAGGAGAAGAAGCUCCUCGAGGCUUGUGUUAAGGGUCUCAAGGGCAACAUUGAGAAGGGAGUUGAUUUCAUCAAGAACCCCCCACCAAAGUAA